GCAUCAGCUACAAGCAGAAGAGAAGAAUUUAGUAUAGAAAUAGCUGAUUUCAAUCCAAUUGGUCCUACUGCCUAUAUACCUUUGCCUGAAACUUUGCCAAAACAUAAUAAUGGAAUUAUUAAUAUUCAAAAUGAUGAUGAUUGGUGUUUCAGAUGGAGUGUUUUAGGAGCUUUGCAUCCUGUUAAAGUUCAUCUAGAAAGAAAUCUGCAUCACUUAUAUGGAGCUUUCAUGGAGGAACUUAAUAUGGAUGACAUUCCAAUUCUGGUACCAGCCUCAACACUAGUUUAUAAAAAGUUCGAAGAAAAUAAUCCUGAAAUUAAAAGAAGAGUGGAUGAAUAUAAGCAAGUAAAUCUUCUAGUAAUUACAGAAGAAGAAAGAAGUCACUACUGUAUUAUCAAAGAUUUACAUAAGCUGAUAAGAUAUAAUGAACAUUUGCCAAAAUGCAAGGGUCUAAAUAAUGCCCCUCAGCAACCACAAAUGCCAGUUAAGAAUAGGAGUAUCAAAGCUUUUUAUAAUCAUAAAUGCAUGCAACCAAAUCCAUAUCACAUUUUUUGGAAUCUAGAAAUGUUAACUGAAAAGUUAACUUCAGAAAAGAAAACAAAGUUAACCCAUACUGAAAGAUUGCAGAUGCACAAGCCAUGUGGUUAUUGCUACAUAGUUGUUCAUAUGAAUAGUUCACUUAACUAUGAAAUCAUAAGUCAUGAUUUAUAUAGGGACCCAGAUGUGCUUGAAAGAUUCGUUACAAAAAUUGAGAAGAAGUUGGCAAACAUACAGGAGGACUUAUUUGUGUCUGCAGAAAUGAUAAUAGCACCAAAAAAUCUUAAAGCAUACAAUAAGGAAUCAUGCAUGGAAAAAGAACAUCCUAAAAAGAAAGAGAAAAAAUUCGACAAAACAAGCCUUCCAUCUAAAAAGGAUUUUUAUUCACUUCUUAGUCAACAAAAUAUUAGUAAAGAGGAUUAUGAACAUGCACAAAAGACUAAUGUACUUUUACUUGUAGAUGUUUUCAUAAAUUAUAUCAUAAUAUGUCUUAAAGAUGAUGGUCUAGAUUCAUCUCACUAUGUCUCUGCAUCUGGAAUGUUUAAUGAUUCUUUAUACAAAAGUAGUAGGGUAGAACUUAAGCUUAUGGCAGAUAUGGAUGAGUAUUUGAUAGUUGAAAAUGGAAUCUAUAGAGGAAUGACAAUGGCAAAUAUGAAUGCCUUAUAUUCAGAUGCAAUGACCCAAUACAUGCUGACAGAAAUCCUAGAUAAGGUAAGUCCAGAGGAAGUACCUGACAUCCAAAGUAUUGCAUCAGAUACAAAAAUAAGCUAUAUACUUAAAGUUGAUUUAGAAGCCCCAGUGUACUUAUAUAAUUACUUUGCAGAUUAUCCUUUAGUACCAGAAAAGCAGAUAAUAUCAGAAAACUGA